GCCUGCGAAGCGCGGGCUUUUCGAAUGGCCGCCUCGGCCAAUGACAGACCGCCUCCCGCGGACGUCCAAUCGGCAGCGAGCGUGCGGCUAUAAAUACCGCUGCCGCGCAACGCUUGCUGCUGCAUCUUUGCUGCGGGCAAGGGAGCGUUUUGUCGAGUGCUGUGCGAUGGCGCGCACGAAGCAGACGGCGCGUAAGUCGACGGGCGGGAAGGCGCCCCGCAAGCAGCUGGCCACCAAGGCGGCCCGCAAGAGCGCGCCGGCCACGGGCGGCGUCAAGAAGCCGCACCGCUACCGGCCCGGCACGGUGGCGCUGCGCGAGAUCCGCCGCUACCAGAAGUCCACGGAGCUGCUGAUCCGCAAGCUGCCCUUC